AUGCUCUUCAAGCAACUCGUUCUUCUGGCCGUCAUUGCCGCUGCUACCGCUAUACCGGUGCCGGAAGACGGGCAUGUUAUUGUGGCACGUGCAGGUCCGCCUCCGCCGCCUCCACAAGGUCUAUCUGGAGAAAAGCGUGAUGCUCAAGAUCCUCCCCCGCCUCCUCCGGUUACCACGCCUCAUCCUCCCCACGGAAAGCGCAAUCCCCAAGGAGUUACCUCCACCUCUACUGUUAUCACCUCCACUGUCACCUCUACUGGCGUCACCUCUACUGGCGUCACCUCUACUGCUGCCACCUCUACUGGUGUCACCUCCACUGCUGCCACCUCCACAGGCGUCACCUCCACUGCUGCCACCUCCACAGGCGUCACCUCCACUGCUGCCACCUCUACUGGCAUUGCUUCACGGAGAGUGUGA